AUGAGUGCUGUCGAUUUAAAUUUAGAGAGAGACUAGUAUAAGGAUUUGCUAAAAUGUAUCAAAGAUGAAUCUUAAUAAAAUGCUUUGAGAUAUUAAAGUAACUCUCAAUAUAAGUACGAAAAGAGAAGAAAGGAAAAAAAUGAAUCUGAUCAUAAAGUAUAGUUAGUCCUCCCCAGCAUCGAAAGCAGUUCUUUGGAAGACAUUUCAUAACAUUUUCAUUCGAUAAGGAGAAUAUAAGCAGGAGCAUAACAUUAAUUGCUGGCAAAUAAAUCCUAGCAAAAGUUUAUACAGUAGAGUUUUAUGGAACUUGAAUAAUCAAAAAUGUCUUAGACAGUCAGAGAUAUAACAAUAACUGAGAAAAAAUAUUAAUGCAAUCAACGUAAGGUUCCGCAUAGAGAACCAUUGACCUUGAAAUAUUUGGAGAAAUAAUUAGGGAUUUGCAGCACCCCAGAAAAACAACUAUUGCCAUAGAUCUAAAAUAAGCAUCAAUCAAAAAGGAAAAUUACAGAAGAUGAAGUACAACAAGAUUAAUCAAUUUUAACCUUUUUUGAGGAAACUCUUAAUUCAUAUUCUUAUGCAAUCCCCAGUAGAAGAGAAUCAACUUAGAUAGGCAUAGUUAGAGAUAGAAUGUAUGUCUAUGGAGGAAUGAGUGGAGCAGGAAUUACUAAUGAGAUCUGGUGGUUUGAUUUAAAAAGGUAAGAGUGGUUUAAUUUUUGUUCCGAUAUCUAAUUAUUUAUUACUAAUCAUUCGAUGGUAGUCUGGAAAAAUUUUUUAGUUUUGUUUGGAGGAUCAGGAUACUAUGAUCAUAAAAUGAAAAUCAGAGAGGUCUUCUCAAAAAUAGCAUCCUUUAAUACUUUGACUAAUCAAUGGACUAUUUCAUUAGAGUCUGUUGAACCAAGGAGAGAACACAAAGCAUCCGUUCUAUUUGGAAAAUUGAUGGUUGUAACAGGGGGAAUUGAUUCAGCAGAGAAGCUAUUAAAUGACACACUAGUGUAUUCUUUGGAGUCAAAGAGAUGGACAGGUUAAAAGAUAUUAUUUGAAGAGGGAAUUGCAUAGCAUGCCUAAUGCACAGCUUAUGAUUAUAAAAGAAAUAUUGAAACAGUAUAUAUCUACGGAGGAUAAACUGCUAAACUUGGUUCAUUUCCUUUAAUGAGAAUGCUGUUUUUUGGGCCUCAUCCAAUUGGAUGGGAGAAAGUAUAAACAGUAGGAUAGGCACCAGAUAGUAGAUAUAAUCAUACUAUGGAAAGUGUUGGAGAGUACUUAAUUUUACUUGGAGGAAGAUCGCAAGAAAAAAAAGAGUAUUAAAAUGAUAUAUUUAUCUUAAAUCUACAAACAAGUGUUUGGAGCAUAGCGUAGAGAUAAGGUUUACAAACAAAAAGAUGGAGCCAUGCAAGCUGUGUGAAUGGAACAAAUAUUUUAUGUUUUGGUGGAAUUGGAGAAACCACUUAUUUGCCACCUCACAUUUACUAAAUUGAAACUGAUACUUUAAAAAUCAAAGGAAAGAUAGUUGUAGUUAAACCUCUAAGUGUCAUUAAUGAAGAACACACUAACAAUAAUCAUCAUAUGAUAAUUACUAGAGAACACGAUUUCGAUAUGAAAAAGCCGUGCAAAUUAGAAAAAUUUAGAAAAGCACGCAAAAUGUAUGAAACAAUUGUUACUUAUUUACCUCUUCCAUAACUUAAAACACCUAAGAUGAGAUAUGAUAUUUUGAUUCAUUUUGUUAAGACGAUAUUGAGGCAAAUCGGUUACAUUUGA